GCACGCCCUCCCCAGCUGCUCUCGGUCGCCUCCUCUCUGCCCGCUGCCCAGGGUGCAACCGGGCUUGCAGGGCUCCACGCGACCCAGAUUCCCGCCCCGCCCCCGCCCCUCCCGCGCCCGCAGCCAGUGCGGCAGCCGCGACCGCCUCUGUCCAGCAUCCGCUCGGGGACCAGCCGCGGUGAUCACGGUCGCUAGUGCGUAGCAGAAGCGAAGGCGGAGAUGGAGACCACACUGUUGCGAUCCCAGAGCUGCUGAGCCCACCGCUGCCCCUGCCCGCCCACACUUACUUUGCAAAAGCAAAUUUGGAAGCAGUUGCUUGAAGACAGUUGGCAUAGCAUCCGGAGAGUCAACGCCUGCAAAAUGAAGCACUUCCUGAGCUUUCUAUCGGAAGGGUGCUGUCUUUUGUUCCCCACAGGAUGUUGAUCCAGGUGUGCCUGUAUUUUUAUUGUAAAUUUUUGUGGCGCUGCAUGAAGUUUGUGAUGCGGAAGCUCACCGGAAGGUGUGAACUGCAAAGGAUUUGCUACGGCACCAAACCUGGAGCUUCCAGAACCAUGAAAAUUGAAACGUCGCUGAGAGAUUCAAAAAGCAAGCUGUUGCAGACAUCCGUGAGUGUUCAUCCUGAUGCUAUCGAAAAGACUAUUGAUGACAUCAUGGAAUUGAAAAAAAUUAACCCUGACAUCAAUCCACAGUUGGGGAUCUCUCUCCAGGCUUGCCUUCUGCAAAUCGUGGGUUACAGAAACCUCAUUGCAGAUGUGGAAAAACUGCGCAGAGAACCCUAUGAUUCCGACAACCCCCAGCAUGAAGAGAUGCUUCUGAAGCUGUGGGAGUUCCUGAAGCCCAACACUCCACUGGAGUCUCGGAUUUCGAAGCAGUGGUGUGAGAUUGGCUUCCAAGGCGAUGAUCCGAAAACAGAUUUCCGAGGAAUGGGUCUUCUGGGACUUUACAAUUUGCAAUAUUUUGCAGAACGGGAUGCCACCGUGGCUCAGCAGGUCCUCUCCGACUCUGUUCAUCCAAAAUGCAGGGAUAUCACUAAGGAGGAAAUAAGCAAAUUCAGCAAGACAGAAUGGGAAAAGAAAAAGAUGGAUAAAGCCAUUGGGUACUCCUUUGCAAUUGUGGGCAUCAAUAUCACCGACCUGGCAUAUAAUCUGCUCGUGAGCGGCGCUCUAAAAACACACUUCUACAACAUUGCCCCCGAAGCUCCGACACUGUCUCACUUCCAACAAACAUUCUGCUAUUUGAUGCACGAGUUUCACAAGUUUUGGAUUGAAGAGGACCCCAUGGACAUAAUGGAGUUUAAUCGUGUGAGGGAGAAAUUCCGCAAGAGGAUCAUAAAACAGCUGCAGAACCCAGAUAUGGCGCUGUGCCCGCAUUUUGCUGCAUCGGAAGGUUUAAUCAACAUGUAGUGCCCACACUGGUUUCAAUGGAUACCCCAGAACACUGCCUCAUUGUCAUCCUAGAUCUCUGCUUAGGUGACAGCUCACACACCUAAUGCACAUAAGUGACUAUAUAUAUAUAUAUAUAUAUAUAUAUAUAUAUAUGCAUGCCUUUUGGUACAGUAUUUUCAUCUCUUGGUCAUUAUUCCAAGAUUCCCCCAAAAUCACCAUUUCUGGAGCAUCAACCCUCCAGUGAUUGCUCACAUUGUGGCAUUGUGCAGUGUUAACAUCUGUCCUUGGCACCCAGGUAUGAAGAAAGUUUUCUAUUUUUUUAGAUUUUUUUCUCCCCCCCCAUCAUUCCAUAUUAAAAAUGUAUAGUAAUUCUCUAGCUGUAAUUUGUAUGUAAGAGAGUUAGCUGAAUCUCGUUCUGUGUUCAUAUUUAUUAAAAUGUCUCACGAAGACCGCUGCUAGCCUCUCAAGCUGGACCCUUGCUUGUACCUCAUUUGGGUAAAGCAUAAGACUUUUAAAAUAAUACAGACACAUGAUAAGCCAAACUCUUCCUGCACAUAUAACUGCACUUCACCAGAAUGUAAUGAGGCUAUAAGAAAUUAGCUUAAAUAGGAGCCAUCCUUGUGUGAAAUCCUGCCGAACUGUAGCCUAACUUAACCACAGUUGCAACUGUGUCGUAGUCAUCAGGAUAGAAAACUACUACUAUUCUCCCAUCGCUUCAUGGCUUGGAUGGCUAAAUAUGCGUAUGAUGCUCGGAGCCCCCAGAAAAGAAGCCAUAUCUUUCCAAGGCUGCAAAGGGUUUCUCACUACCUGACUCUUGCUGAACCCAGACUUAGUUCUUAGCACUCCCCAGAUCUGAGUAUCCUUGCUUAGGGGAUUGAGUGCUGACUGGUUUGUUUCUAUGUUGAGGGGCAAUAUUUUAAAACUUUUGGCAAGGAAAUGUGUUAGAACACAGGAACCUAAGCAAUGAUACCAUGCAAUAUUUCCUGAAAUUAGCAUCCUUAUAUCGGCGGAAGAAGUGGCUUGGAAGAAGAAAAACAAAAUCAUCCUCAAACUGCUAAGAAUCAUCUUCUUUAAAAUGUAAUUUAGUUUGGAAUUAUGACUGUAGUCUGUUGAAUAGUAUUUACCAUGGUAUUUCAUACCCGUGGUAUUUUAUACUUUGGGACUAUCGAUUUUAGUAUUAUUAGAUGUUUGUGUAAUCACUUGCUUAUUUAAAUAAAUUUUGAGUACUGCCUAACUGUCAGUAUAUGAAUAAAUUGCAUAUCAUUCUACAGUAAUGGAGAGUGGGUUUCAUUCUGAUGUCUGUGCCCUUUAUAGGUCUUAAGAUAUGCAAAUAUGUGACUGGGUAGAAUGUCAGUGACAAGAAGCUGUUUGUUUAUAAACUACUGCCUUUCAGAGCAGCCAGGUGUAAUUCAGAAUGUGCUAUGGCUGAGAGAUUCCCUUAAUCUUGAGGUCCGAUGAUGCUUUCUCUUUUUUUUUCAUUUUUGACAGCAUCUCAUUAUGUAGCCCUACCUGACUGUGUAGACGAGGCUGGCCUGGAAUUCACAUAGUCACCUGCCUCCAUUGCCAAAGCACUAGGAUUAAGACAUGCAUCCCCACUUUUUCUUCACUACUUACUGUAAAAUCUGACUUGACUACUGCAAAACAUCUGCUAUUUAAAACCCCUCAGCUGCCUGUGGUUGCUUAGUGGGAAUUCCCCGUUCUAUGAUUCUGCCAUCAUUUAUCUUUCCAUCCCAGAGCCAGGUGGUAACCUUCCUACUUCCUCUCCUUCAGCCUGCGCGCUCUGUUAGACAGUGCAAAAGAGAGAGUCGGUCAACACUUAACGCAUCCCAGGAAUAAUGUCUCUAGAAGAAGGAAAAGCUAUUAGCCAAGUAGGUGCUUUGCCUUGAGCACAACAGUACUUGCACCUGCAGAUGAAGGCAUGGCACCACAUGCUGGCUAGACCACAUCUGUGUACUGCCUCUGCCUAUCUAAUGUAGAACUAUAGCAGCAAUGCACCUUGAUGGCAUGGGAUUCUUCGCUCAAGUUAUUCUGCUCUGGUGGAGAUAGCAGAUGUUACAAAGCUAAGACAUUCCCUCCUGGUUCCUUGGAAGCGUUCCAAUGGUAUCUGAACAUGGCCACAGGAUUUUAGGAUGAGCAAUCACUGCCAGAUCCCUGGAUGUGUUAUUAGCCUCCUCGUUCACACCUCAUUGUAGAAGAUGCAUUCUACCCAGUAACCCAGAGCAAGGUGAGAAAAAGAAAAAGAGGUUUCAAAAAGCAGCAGAGACAUGUGAUGUAUGCUAUGUGUGGAUGUGUUUCCCUGGAGUAUUUUUAGCUUGCUCAUGUUUAUUCCACUGAGCAAGGGUUGACCGCAUAGAAUGUAAAUUGUGUAGCAUGCUUCCUUCAAGGUUUCCAAAACACUACUUGAUAUAUGAUUUUUAAAACACUCUAGUUUGCACUACAGGGGGAAAAAUAA